UUGAUUCGACUGACGAGAUUAUCAAUGCUAUGACGUUAUUUUAAUGGCGUCCGACAAAUAAUUCUUCGCCUUUCCAUUUGUCUUCCUCUUCCCGCAACUGCCAUUUCUCUCUCUCUUCUAAUACUUCUCAAUUCCACCUCUUCCUUCAAAAACCUAAUUAUAUUCUCUUCAGAUUCACUCAAAAUCGUUCAAUUCCCAAGUUUCAAGUUCAUACACAGCUUGAUUUUUACUCGAAGUGGUUUCAAUUUCAGAGCACCAGCUGUUAUCAGUAGUGUGAGGACGGAAAAACAACAAUGAGCUGGAGGAGUGUCGGAAAGUCUUUUCAGGCGCUUUCGGCGCACCUUUUGCUUUUGUGUUUCACCGUUUUGCUUGUUGUCAAGCUCGAUCACUAUUCUGAUUUCUCCUGGUGGGUUGUAUUCUCCCCUGUGUGGGUGUUUCAUGCAGUUGUUGCCCGAGGAAGAUUCUCUCUGCCUGCUCCAUCAAUUCCCUAUGAUCGCCAUUGGGCUCCAUGUCAUGCUGUUGUUGCGACACCUUUGCUUAUUGCAUUUGAACUACUUCUCUGUAUAUAUCUUGAGAGCAUAUAUGUCUACCAUUCAGCGGCUGUGAAUUUGAAAUUUGUCUUUCUUCCCUUGUUAGCAUUUGAAAUAACGAUUCUCAUUGACAAUUUCAGAAUGUGUAAGGCAUUAUUACCUGGAGAUGAAGAAAGCUCGAAUGAUGAGUUAUUAUGGGAAACACUUCCGCAUUUUUGGGUGGCAAUCUCCAUGAUCUUCUUUGUUGCUGCCACAUUGUUCACCCUUCUCAAGUUCUGUGUAGAUUUCAACGCUCUGGGCUGGUGGGAUUUGUUUAUAAAUUUUGGUGUUGCUGAGUGCUUUGCAUUUCUUGUUUGUACUAAGUGGUCAAAUCCAGCAAUUCAUAGAAGUUCUGAUGCACUUGGGGCUAGUUCUUCAUCUGCUACUAUCAGACGUCUUAACUGGAAUAGUGGCUUAGUGGUUUCCUCAGAGGAAGAACCCCAGAGUAGAAUAUGUGGGCUGCAAGACCUCGGUGGUCACAUAAUGAAAAUUCCAAUUAUACUUUUCCAAGUCCUCCUCUGCAUGCGCCUGGAGGGAACACCUGCUGCUGCAAAACACAUUUCUCUUCCAGUUAUAUUCUUACCCAUAUUCCUAUUGCAAGGAGCUGGCAUCUUGUUUGCGACAUUAAGAUUUGUUGAGAAAACUGUUCUUUUAUUGCGAAGUGGAGCUGCUGUAGGACAAUACCAUGUGAUUUCUUCAAGAGUACGUGACUGCUUUGCAUUUAUGCAUCAUGGCUCCAGGCUACUUGGUUGGUGGUCCAUUGAUGAAUCAAGUCGAGAGGAACAAGCUCGACUAUACCAUGAUGGAUUUCCUGGGUAUAGUACUUUUUGUGGUUAUCCACCUGAAAUAGUCAAGAAAUUGCCCAAGAAGGAUCUUGCUGAGGAGGUUUGGAGACUUCAAGCAGCUCUGGGUGAGCAAGCAGAAAUCACUAAACUGAGCCAGCAGGAAUAUGAAAGACUUCAAAAUGAAAAAGUUCUAUGCAGGAUUUGCUUUGAAAGAGAGAUUAGUACAGUGCUACUCCCUUGUAGGCAUCGCGUCCUUUGCAGUUCCUGCUGUGAGAAAUGCGACAAUUGCCCCAUCUGCCGUGUCUGUAUCAACGAGCGCUUGCCUGUAUAUGAUGUCUAAGUUAUUCUGCCUUGUUAAAUGUCAAAUAUGAUACUCGGAAAUGUAGUUUACCGAAUUUUGGGGACUUAGACUGCACUAACGUAAUUAGGUAGGACACAUUUUCAGAUUGCAGUUGCUCUUCCAGUAACUGUCAUCUUUUGUAAAUAUGUGUCCUUUCUACUGAAGUAAGUUGUAUAUUUACUAUAUAUAUGUAUGUAUAUCUAUCUACUUUUCUCGUUUUCUUGUAAAGAAUAGUUCUCUAGUACUUUAUUUUCCA